CCAUCCAUCAGGAAGCCGCUGCCCCGACUGCUGUUUCUGCUCUGGGUCUGCAAGUGGGCACCUGGAAACCACUUUCUUCUCCCUAUGGUGUCCACAGUUACCUGCGAGACACACAAGCUGGAACUGAAGUCCAGCCUAGUGAAAGUGCAGGAGGGUCUGUGUGUCCUCGUACCCUGCACAUUCUUUGAACAGUCUGGGAACCGAAGCUCAGACAUGGUCUUUGGCUACUGGUUCAGAGCAGGGGCAAAUACAGACCAUGAUUCGCCCGUGGCUACAAACAACCCAAAUCAACCGGUGAAGAAUCAGGGCCAGUUUCAUCUCUCUGGGGACCCAAGGAACAAUGAUUGCUCGCUGGACAUCAGAGAUGUGCAGAGGACCGACAGCAGUUCUUACUUCUUCAGGAGGGAAAAAGACUCCUUUAAUUGGAAUUACUAUAUGAAUCAGCUCUCUGUGCAGGUGACAGCCCUCACUCACAUCCCCAACAUUGACAUUCCACAAACGUUGGAGCUUGGCCUGCCUAACAAUGUGACGUGCUCUGUGCCCUGGGCCUGUGAGCUGGGGAUGCCCCCCAUCUUCUCCUGGAUGACAACUGCCCUAUCAUCCCUGAGCCCCAGGCCCACCCUCUCCUCAGUGCUGACCCUCACACCCAGGUUCCAGGACCAUGGCACUAACCUCAUCUGCCAAGUGGCCUUCCCUGGAGUCGGUGUGACUGUUCAAAAUACUGUCCAGAUCAAUGUCUCUU